CAGUAUCUUUCAUAAGUUUUUACCACGAAGGUUUUAUGCAUCUGAGUAGGUUACUGUGAAAAUAAAAUAUUGAGUCCAUUUUUGAAUUAUUUUAGGCUGUAAAUAGAAAACUAAUUUUAUAACUGGGUUUUUGUAACAAAAAUCACACGUCUUUUUUUUUUAGUUUAAAAUACAAUUUCAUUUAUAAUUUUAUUAUGUCAGAAGAACUGGAGCAGACUGAGAAUGCUCAAGGUGAUGACAUUGCUCCAGAAAUGAUGAUUAAGCAUCCUCUUCAAAAUAUGUGGAGUCUAUGGUUUUAUAAAAAUGAUCGUACCAAAUCAUGGGAAGAAAACUUGAUGGAGAUCACCACUUUUGAUACAGUUGAAGAUUUUUGGGCCCUUUAUAACCAUAUAGAAGUAGUUAGUAAAAUACCAGUAGGAUGUGAUUAUGCACUUUUUAAGCAUGGUAUCAAACCUAUGUGGGAAGAUUCUAGAAAUAAACAAGGCGGUAGAUGGCUUUUUAAUGUACAAAAGUCCCAAAGAGUGACAGACUUAAAUAAUUAUUGGCUUGAAAUUCUUCUAUGUAUGAUAGGCGAAGCUUUUGAUGAAUGUAGUGAAGAUAUAUGUGGAGCUGUAGUACAGAUUAGGAAUAAAGGUGAUAAGCUUGGUAUCUGGACAGCAGAUGUAAAGCAUGAAGAUGCUAUUAUGAAAAUAGGACGAGUUGUUAAAGAAAGGUUACAUAUUCAUCAGAGAAAUGCUAUAGGUUAUGAGGCACAUGCUGAUACUCAAGUAAAACAAGGGUCUUCAACAAAGUGCAGAUUUCAAAUUUAACGCUAUUUAAUUCAAUAAUACAAAAAUAACAGUUGUAAAGGUGGUUUGUUUUGCAUUGUUUUGUCCAGGAGCGCGCGAAAAAUAUUUAUCCCUCAUUGCAUUGCGCUUGGAUGUUUUCUUCCAGGUUAAGGGUGACUAUUUCUUUUGUGUUUGACAAAAACUGCAUAGUCUCUUUUUUAAAAUUCUUGCUCAUUCGUUGUUUGCGGUUUUGUGUAAAAAAAAAUGCUGCCAUCAUGGCACAGAAGCAGAAUAUUUUUGUGUAGUUAAAAGUAUAUUUUAAUUAUCAUUUUUUAAGUAUUGUGUAUUGAAAUAUUAAUAUAUUUUUCCUUUGUGUUGUAAGCGUAUUUAUGUAGCAUUGUAUGAUAUUGAAAUAAAUCAUCUUUGCAGCUCGCCAUUUGUUGGCUUUCUUAACUUUAUUUUUUAUUGUGCAUUGAAAUGUUAAUGUAUUCUUUCUUUGUGUUGUAAGCAUAUUUAUGUAGCAUUGUAUAAUACUGAAAUAAAUCAUCUUUGCAACUUGC